AUGACAAUGGUCUCUGCCACUGUUCAAACAGAUUCUAGCCCUAAUGUCAUUGUUGACAGUGAGACGGUCAAUGGAGUUGCGCCCAUCAAAGAAGAAUUUAUCGAGAUCCCGGAGGUUGCGUCCUAUCCGACUGGAAGUCUUGACUUUCUCUUGAAAUUGCAAAAAGAAGAGAAGCUACGUCAGAAGGCGAUGGAGACUUCCUCGUCGAUCAAUUCCGAUGAACUGUCCAAGUUGAGGCUGAAUAUCAUCAUUGUCGGCGCCGGUCUGGGGGGAUUGGCAGCGGCCAUCGCCCUGACGAGAAAGGGCCACAAGAUCACCGUUUUCGAGCAGGCUCCAGAACUGAGCGAGGUUGGUGCCGGGAUCCAGAUUCCCUCAAACUCAAGUCGCCUUCUUAUCAAGUGGGGAUUGAAACCGUUUCUGGCAUCCAAGAUCGUUGAGCCCUCCGACAUUAAAUUUCGUCGGUGGGAGAAUGGAGACGUGAUUGGACUCACCAAGCUUGUGCCCGAGUUCCAGGACAACUUUGAUGCUCCCUAUUAUGUGGUGCAUCGAGCACAUUUCCACGACGCCAUGUAUCAACUUGCUCUUCGGUUGGGUGUCGAAGUAAAGAUCAAUUGUAAGAUCGUUGAGUACGACGAUGUGACUCCUUCAAUAACGACGGAAAGUGGAGAGUCUUACAGUGCAGACCUCGUUGUUUCGUGUGAUGGAGUGAAAUCUCUUGGACGAAUUAAAGUGCUGGGAGGCAUGGAUCAAGCACCCAUGAGGACGGGAUUUGCAGCCUACCGGGCAACGGUAGAUGUGGAGGAGAUGAAGGCUCAUGCAGAUACCGCAGCACUUUUGGCCAUACCGAGUCUGAAUCUAUGGAUCGGCGAUAUGAGACAUGUCAUGACCUAUACCAUCGCUGGUGGAAAAUCCUUCAAUAUGGUCCUGUCACAUCCCGACCGUUCAGACCCCAGCACCUGGAACCAACAAAGUCCUGAGGAAAUCCUAGCAGGCGUGCGGGAACAUUUCCGAGGUUGGGACCCGAGGCUCACCAAGAUCAUUGACAUGAUUAAAACAACACUUAAGUGGCCCUUGCUCAGUGGUUCUGCUCUCAGCCGGUGGGUAGCACCAUCCAACAGGCUCGUGAUAAUGGGAGACGCAGCGCAUGCCAUGGUGCCGUACAUGUCCGAAGGAGCGGCCAUGGCUGUUGAAGACGCAGCGGCCCUGGCUGAAGCGAUCGACCAGGUCGAUAGUAUUGAUGACUUGUCGACGGCGCUACACGUCUGGGAAACCGUUCGCAUCAAACGAACCAGCCAGAUGCAAGAAGCAAGCUUGAUCAACGGCAAAUUGUGGCAUUUUCCAGAUGGCCCGUUGCAACGGGCGCGAGACGAGGCUAUGAGGCCUGAAGUCGAAGGCCGUCAGUUCAUGAGCAGUCCCAACCAAUGGAGUGAUCCCACCACGCAACGGUGGUGUUAUGGCUAUGAUGCUGAAUGGGAAAUCAAGCAGGCGUGGUCGGCAAGACCGUCCAGUUUGAAAAAUGGACACGUACGAAUCUGA